AUGUAUACUUUAGUUGAGAUAGUAUUAAGCGUGGGGGUGCUAAUCACUCUCCUCACCGCUCUUUCUGCGUGCGUUUGUGGCAAGAACUCAAAUCAGAAAAGUGAGUUGGUUGGUACGGCCGGUGUGGUCAAAAUCCACAUAGAUGAGGAGGUUCCAUCUCCAACACCUACCACUCCGGCCUCCAUCAAGCGAGCGUCUACACAAAACUCGCAACGCAGCUUGCCGGAGAUUCCGCAUCCUGUUGGGAGGCACGACAGCGGCGACACGGCUUCCGAAAUAUACGCCACUGUUAAUCUAGAUGAAGGAAGUAAGGUUGCCCCAAUAGCGUCGACCAGCCGAGACCAUCCCUAUGAGCAUGCAUAUGCUAAACUCCAGAAUGAAAAUCAUAACAUCACUGUGGAAAUUACUCCUGAUCAAGAAUCUGAGAGCGAAAUACAAAUAGACGAACGUGAUGCUGGUCAACCAGGUCCAGAGUCUGUUGUAAUAUCAGCCUCAGUGGCCAUUAGCGGUCAACUGCCGUCGAGUCAAGAGCUCCCGUAUAUAACGCCGCCCUCGCCUCGCCCGCACACGGACAAUGCGGUUCACUUUAGCGGAGAUUCUACAGAUUCUGCCAAGGGCUACACAAGCAUAUCAGUGCGAGAGCCGUUAAGCAACAUCCGAGCACAAAGCGUGAAGCCACCGACGCAACCCCACUACGCUACUGUGUCCGAUGAUUCUGACGAGAUGUAUGCGGCGAUAGAGGAGGCGAGCGCCGGCGAAGGUUCGGACACGUACGCGCAGAUCGCUCCCGAGCCGCGCCGCCGCGAGGACGCCCCCGCCCCCGCCUCAGCCUCCGCCUCCGCAGCGAAUUUGCCAACCGAUCAUUCCGCCAGAAGGAGUGCUCCCCCAGAAAUCGGAGCGUCUACUCACGCAACACAUUCCAGACAAGCGUCAUCGUCGUCGUGUUCUAAUUCGACGGGCGCUCUGGGCUCGCCCAAACCGGAAAAGCGCGUGGCCAACUCUCCGCUACCACCGCCACCGCACACCACACAUGUGACCCACGUGACGCACGUGACCCACGUGACUCACGGCACGCACUCGGCGCACGGGACGCACGCGACACUCGCACCGCACGGAGCGCACGCCGCGCAGUCGCAGCGGCACCAGCGCAUAUCCAGCACUGGUGAUCUUCACUUUAAUCACGAUAAGCUUCGACGAAGCCUCAACGAAAAACACCAACGAAACAAUAGCUGUGUUAGUUCGUCGGACUUUUACGGGUGCAACUAUCCUGUAGAAAAGCACAGGUUUAGUUCAGGUGACCUUAUUAGGCCUCUUGUCGCUAAAGAAUUAAACUUUGAUAUCGACAAACAGGAAAGCCCGGCAGACAAUUUGUACAAUUCUAUUGAUGGUCCGGGAUACAGUGAUUAUUCUUCAGCCGACGCGAACACUAGCAUGAAUUCAGAACAACGGAUCACAGAAAGCCCUUCGUGUAACGUUGAAGAAAUGUAUGCGAAGGUCAUGAAGAAAACAAAAGGAAAAGCAGAUGAGACAAUUAAAACGUUAAAAGAAUUUCCAAACGAUGCCGAGCCGAGUACUUUGAAAUAUCGCGGCGAUGACCCCGGGUAUGAGACCAUUGACCGCAAUAAAUCUGUUAAUCACGGUUACGAAACAAUAACGCACAAAGAACGUACAAAUUCGCAAAACCAAGACCCUGGGUAUGAGACUGUUAAAGAUAUUAGUAAGAAUGUAUCAACGUUCACCAAUAACAAUUUGUUCAAGUUAAAUAAUUUGGGAGACAGUGGACCGAAUAGCAUAAUAAGCAGUGACCCUGGCUAUGAGCACAUAACGAAACAAGAUAAUAGCGCGUCGGACUCAGAUCCUAAUUACGAAGUGUUAAGAAAUCAACCACCGACUCCGCCAUAUGCAACUAUCGCUUCUAAUUACAAAGUACAACAAACAUAUUCAACUGUUAACAAGAGACCUAUUAAAUACAACAAUUGGCCAAGUAAUAAUAAUGAAGAGGCAAUGCAUGAACCGAACUACGAAUCAAUGACUAACGAUCCAUUUUAUACGACUGGUAGUGAGUCGGAUCCUAAUUACGAAUCAGUUCGACCGAAGGAUGCAAAUUAUGAAAGUGUCAACCCGCAGGACCCCAACUACGAGUCUUUACGGUGUAAAGACCCUAAAUACGAAUCGGUGAGAUCGAAAGACUCCAAGUAUGACUCGGUCAGGUCUAAAAAAGAUCCUAACUACGAAAGUGUCAAAUAUUUCGAAUUAUCGCAGAAAGAGCCACCGUAUGAAAGAGUAAAUGAUGAUGCUGCGAUAAAUUCUAGCGUGGAAAGAUCAGAUUCGUCGGCAGGCUACGAAAAAAUUAAUGUUCCAACAAAUAGAGAGCCAAAAAACAGUAUUAAUAGCGGUGCUGACGGCAUCGUUAGUGACUACUUCCAAGUUUAA